AUGAAGCCUACCGCUCAACUUUCAGCCGAUCCGUUGAUUUCUAUGGAAUUUGCGUCCACAAAGUCAUCACACCCAUGGGAGCGCUGCUUCCUGCCUAUCGACCUCUUGGUCUGGAUUUGGCUGGAACAGUGGUACCUCACCACUCUCAACACUCAGCUCUGGUCCGACCACGGAGCAACAUGA